AUGACCAAAGUUUGUUUUAUUGUAAAAAUGUCUUCGUCAGCGAUAUACAUUUUAGAUGUUAAGGGCAAAGUCCUUAUAUCACGAAAUUAUCGUGGAGAUGUGGAUAUGGGUGUAAUAGACAAGUUCAUGCCUUUAUUGAUGGAGAAGGAGGAGGAAGGAAUGUUAGGCCCAUUACUGCAGACCAGCGAAUGUACUUUUGCUUAUAUUAAAACCAACAAUCUUUAUAUUGUGUCAACUACAAAGAAAAAUGCCAAUAUAGCGCUGGUUUUCGUUUUUCUGUAUAAAACAGUUGAAGUCAUGACCGAAUACUUCAAAGAACUAGAGGAAGAAAGUAUUCGUGAUAAUUUUGUGGUAAUUUACGAGUUGUUGGAUGAACUAAUUGAUUUUGGCUAUCCACAAACAACUGAUAGCAAAAUCCUUCAGGAGUAUAUAACACAGGAAGGUCAUAAACUAGAAAUGCAACCUAGAAUACCUAUGGCAGUAACUAAUGCAGUCUCAUGGAGAUCUGAGGGUAUUAAGUAUCGGAAAAAUGAAGUGUUCUUAGAUGUUAUAGAGUCAGUGAAUUUAUUGGCAAAUUCCAAUGGUAAUGUUUUGAGAAGUGAAAUUGUUGGUGCUAUAAAAAUGAGAGUGUAUUUGUCUGGAAUGCCUGAAUUGCGUCUUGGAUUGAAUGACAAGGUUCUGUUUGAAAGCACUGGAAGAGGAAAAUCAAAGUCGGUUGAGCUUGAAGAUGUAAAAUUCCAUCAAUGUGUAAGACUGUCCCGUUUCGAAAAUGACAGAACAAUAUCGUUCAUUCCGCCAGAUGGUGAAUUUGAAUUGAUGUCAUAUAGACUGAAUACACAUGUCAAACCAUUGAUUUGGAUUGAAUCUGUUAUUGAGCGUCAUGCACACUCAAGAGUUGAGUAUAUGAUUAAAGCAAAAUCACAGUUCAAAAGGCGUUCUACAGCAAAUAAUGUUGAGAUUAUUAUACCCGUGCCUGCUGAUGCUGACUCACCAAAAUUUAAGACUACAAUCGGUAGUGUUAAAUAUACUCCUGAACAGAAUGCAAUAACAUGGUCAAUAAAAUCAUUUCCUGGUGGUAAGGAAUAUUUGAUGAGAGCACAUUUUGGUUUGCCUUCUGUAGAAUGUGAGGAAGUAGAUGGAAAACCACCAAUACAGGUCAAAUUUGAAAUCCCAUAUUUCACCACAUCUGGAAUACAAGUGAGAUAUCUCAAAAUAAUUGAAAAAAGUGGUUACCAAGCUUUGCCUUGGGUGCGCUACAUUACACAAAAUGGAGACUAUCAAUUGAGGACAAAUUAG